UCUGGGUACAGUCAGCUAAUAGGACCGCUAACUAGCUAGUGGCAGCAGCUAGUACAGUUAACAUAUGGAACUUUUGUGGUGUCGGCAAAAAAAGUGUUGUAUUAUAUAUUACUCACACUGUUCCUAAGUAAUAUAGGUCUAUGUCUGUAUCAGUGCAUAUGCCCUUUAUUUUCCUUCUAAAUUAAAUGAUUGAUAUCAAAAGUUGCUUCCAAAUUGGUAAAACAUACUCAAGGAUACACAAACUAUUAUUACUCAGGUGAUAUGCAAAUAUGAACGUAGUGUAUCUCAUCUGAUUUGGCAAGAGACAUUUGUAAUAAUUAUGGUAAUUGGAUGAAGGCUUGAUUAUUUUAUUAUCAAGUCCUAAAGUUUCUCGCAGUGGCAGAGUGGACACACAAGGACACACAUCACCACUGAUGGAAUCUAAGAGCAUGGAACGAGCAGGGACGGCCAAUGGGACUUACACUGUUAAUGACAUACAUCCCUGCUAUGAAAUAGAUAAUACAACAUACAUAUUUACAAGCAACCCUUCCAUUAUAUGUGUAUUAUUGUAUGUUUUCCUUGGCUCAUUGUCUGUUGUCACAAUAGGUGGAAACCUUCUUGUAAUAAUCUCCAUCAUUUAUUUUAAACAGCUCCACAUCCCUACUAACUACCUCAUCCUGUCUCUGGCUGUGGCUGACCUGCUUGUAGGAGUUGUAGUUUUUCCUUUUAGUAUGGCAUUCUCUGUAACCUCAUGUUGGUAUUAUGAAGGCUUAUUUUGUAAAGUAAGAGGAAGCUUUGAUGUUACACUAAGCACAUCUUCUAUUUUGAACUUAUGUUGUAUUUCUAUUGACAGACAUUAUGCCGUGUGUCAGCCUCUCACUUAUAGAAGUAAAAUAAAUGAUCGUGUCACUGGGAUUAUGAUCCUGGUGAGCUGGGCAGUUGCUGCUCUAAUUGGAAUUGGCAUCAUAAUUGCAGGUUUUAAUCAAGGAAAAUGUGAAGAAAGUUGUUUAAUUGAUGCUCUGAUAUCCACCACUCUGGCGUGUAUUUUCUCCUUUUAUAUACCAGUCAUUAUAAUGCUUAGUAUCUACCUAAAAAUCUUUCUUGUUGCACAAAGACAGGCAAACAGCAUUCAGAACACAACCUGUCAGAGCACAAAGUCUGGAGCAACUGUCAGUAAGAUAGAGAGAAAGGCCACUAAAACUCUGGCUAUUGUUUUGGGAGUGUUUCUUUUAUGCUGGACUCCUUACUUUCUUUGUAUCAUCUUUCAGCCUUUAAUAUCUGAUGUGACACCAAUUGCCGUGAUUGAAACACUUAACUGGCUUGCACUGUCAAAUUCCAUGCUCAAUCCAUUUAUUUAUGCUUUCUUUUACAGCUGGUUCAGGUCAGCAUUUAGAAUUAUCAUUUCUGGAAAGAUAUUUCAAGGUGAUUUUGCGAACUCAAAACUCCUUUGACUUGAUUCAUUCAGUAUCAUUAGAAUGUGAUUUUAAUUGGAGAAUAAGAAUCAUAAAAACUGAGUCAAUUUCCUUGUAUGUGUGCACAUACCUGGCCAAUACAAGUGAUUAUGAUUCUAAUUGGAGGAUAAUGAUAAAGGCUUCAACAAUAAAGACAUUACACCACUAUUGUAUUGUUCACUGCCUGAGCAAAAUGUACUGUAUAUACAUUGGUAUUUUUUAUUUAACAAUACUUAAACAAUACUUAAUUUAAACACAAUAACACAUAACAGAUGACAGAUCAGAUUGGAAUCUACAGAAGUUAUAAUCUCAAUGUUUUGCAAAGCUAUUUUACAAACUUAGUUUAUUUCACUGGCCUACAUUACUAAAUUAUCAGGCAGGUAAUUAGGUAACAAAUGUCAUUAUAUCACUAGUAUGGUUUUGCUGAAGUCAUCAUACUUGACUUUGCACAACUGAAAAACAUUAAAGAUUCCUUCUUCACACAUUAAAAA